AGUUUGAUUUCUGUCCUGUCAGAUGAUUCCAUCUGUUGCGAAUGCUGUGGUGGCAGACAGGGUAAAAGUGUCAUAACGACACAGUGACACAGUGGUAUAUACCUGCACACUGACACCCACACACAUAUACAUCUGCGCUGCCGAACUAUGAGCUCACUGAAAGAUAUGCGCAAGCUAAAAGGCGACGAAAUGGACCUGGAAGGACUGGUGGAUCACGUGGGCAGCUGUGGCAAGUUCCAGGUGCUGCUUGUAUGCGCCACUUUCGGUACGCUGUUGCAUAUAGCCGGCGGUAUGAUGUUCAUGGUGUUUGGGUCUUAUAACCCGGGCUGGGACUGUCUGGGAGAGGACAACACUUCUUUGUCCUGGCCUACAGCACUGCCGACUGGUCAUCCCACUGGUCAGCCUACUGGUCAGACUACUGACCUGCCCCUAGCUAACACGUCAUCACAGCCGGCAAACUGGGAGCUGAGCAGUGAAACUUCUCUGACAGCCAACGCUUCCGUAACUGAAAGUGCAAGCGGCGCUGGAAAUGGAAGUUGUGACAUCAUCUCCCGUUGUAGCGCUGUGGCGUUUGUGGAGGGCUCGUCAACCGUGGUCACAGAGUGGGGUUUGAUCUGCGACAAAGCCUGGGUGCCCUCGGUUAUCAUCAGCGUACAAAUGGUGGGCGUUUUCGUGGGAUCCGUCCUCUCCGGAGCUGUUGGAGACAGACUUGGACGUAAGGUAUCUCUUUACGGCCACAUUUCCCUGCACACACUGGUCCACCUAGUGAUCAUCUUCUCCACGUCCUGGGAGAUGUACGCCGCCCUCAACUUCUUCAUCGGCGUGGCAGUUGGCGGCAUGAUAUCCACCGCCUACGUCUACCCUGUGGAGUUCGUUAGCCAGUGGUGGAGAGGCAUGCUGGGAACCCUCCCGGCGUGGAAUGUAUCCUCGGCCCUUUUCUCUGCGAUCGUCCUGUGGCUCCGCGACUGGAAACUCGUCCACGCCGUCAUCUGUGGUGUGUCGGCCCUCACCUUGCUCCCUGUCUUCUGGACUCCAGAGAGCAUGCGCUGGCUCACGGUGUCCGGUAGCCUGGUCAGAGCUCACGCAGUGGCCAAGAAGAUUGCCAAGUGUAACGGACGAGAAGUUCCAAGCGUGGAAAUGAUGAGGUCAGUGUCGGAGCAGGAGCGAAAGAAAAACGCCCAUGUGGACACGUAUUCCUACUUGGAUCUGUUCCGAGGCAAAACGCUUUGCAUUUUUUCCAUUAAGAUGGGGAUUGUCUGGCUGUGUAUGUCCAUCACCUACUUCACUAUAAGUUUCGGGAUCAAAUCCCUGUCGGGAGAUUUCUACCUCAACUUUCUCCUGUUUUCUCUUACGGAGUUACCCGGCCUUCUCAUGGUUGCCCCGACCACAAACAAGCUGGGCCGGCGACGCGCAGGUGCAAUACACUUCCUCACUUCCGCUUCCGCGUGUCUCAUCGUGGUCCUCAUGAUUUUCUUUGCCCCCAACAGCUCCUCCACAGAUCUUGCAAUCAACAUCCUAGCUCUGGUGGCCAAAAUGGUCAUCACGGGCGCUUGGAUGGUGGCCACAAUCUUCACCAUGGAGAUUUACCCGACAGUUGUCCGGAGUCUGGGUGUGGGAUACGUAAACUCAGCCUCUCGUAUUGGCGCCAUCAUCUCCCCUUACAUUGUGACAGACUCGCCCGACCUCCUCUGGCUGCCUUUCCUCAUCAAUGUCGUCGUGCUUGUCAUCUGCACGCUGCUCAUGCUCUCCAUGCCGGAGACACUGGGCUCUCCGCUUCCUGACACAAUGGUGCACACCCCAGUAACGAAGCGGCAGCUGCUCCUGGUUGAACCUGACACAGACAAAAGAGUUGGGGCAUUUAGUUAAACCUGACGUAAAAAGUUGUUGUCCUUGAUUAGAUAUGACAAAGAAAAUUGUUGCCCUUAAUUGAAUCCAGUACAGAGAAAAGAAAAUAAGUUCAAUUGGGCAUAUGCAUUCAGGGAAAGAGAGAGAGAGAGAGAGAGAGAGA